UGUUGGUGAUGUAACUGUCACUUUCAAAAUUUUUCGUAAUUUUUAAUCAUACAUUUCGGCCAUGGGAAGACUUCUUCCACAAAAUUUUAAAGUGUACUUCUUCAAUCCAUUUCGCUGUAAACUUUUUCAAAAAAAUAUAGGUUAUGAUGGGAAAAAUCGGGAAAGGCAAUUACUCUUACUUUCCUCGUCAAAUGUACAUGGUCAUGGUUAUUUAGAAUACGCAGCAGAUGACAUAAAUGAAUUAUUGAAAGGAAAUAACGUGUCAACUGUAUUGUUUAUUCCAUAUGCGUUAACUAACCAUGAUGCAUAUCUUAAAAAAGUGUCACAACCUUUUAAAUCUUGGGGAUAUAAUAUAGACGGUAUUCAGCAACAGGAAAAUCCUGUUGAAGCUGUGGAAAAAGCUCAAGCCAUUUUUAUUGGUGGUGGCAACACCUUCAGACUGCUAAAAACACUGUAUGAUUUGAACUUAAUUGAACCCAUAAGGAAAAGGGUUCUUGAAAAUGGGAUUCCUUAUAUUGGAAGCAGUGCUGGAACCAAUGUGGCCACAAAAAGUAUUAACACCACAAAUGAUAUGCCAAUAGUAUAUCCACCAUCUUUUGACGCAUUGAAUUUAGUACCAUUUAAUAUAAACCCACAUUACAUGGACCCUGUAUUGACUACUCAUAAAGGGGAGACAAGAGAACAGAGAAUUAUUGAGUAUUUGGAGGAAGAUCAUGCUGCAAAUGUCUUGGGUCUCAGAGAGGGAUCCACUUUAUAUGUUACAAAUGAUAAAGCCAUUCUCAAGGGAAUUCACAAAGCCAGAUUAUUUUACAAGAAUAAAGAGCCAGAGGAACUAGAAGUUGGAACUGACUUAAGCUUUUUACUUAAAGUUUGAUUUAUCUGUUAUUACAGACAUUUUAAUUACAAUCACAUGAUGUCCAUUGUAUGCAACAUGUACCUAUCAGAUAGUAACUUGUCUAUUGAAAAAAACAGUGAUUUAAAUACAAAUAUUGAAAGCAAAA